AUGGCGCGUCAACGACGAGGAUCCAAUGUUUCGAGCAACUCAUCGGUCAAUGACCAGGAACUUGGAAGCAUGUACGAUUAUCUUGCAAAGGUCAUUCUUCUAGGACCAAGCGGCAGCGGCAAGUCCUGCCUCCUUCACCGAAUCGUCAAGAACGAAUGGCGAGUAUUGUCCAGCCAGACAAUCGGCGUUGAAUUUUCCUCCAAAAUCAUCAAAGUUGGUACUGGCGCUCGGCGAAAAAGAAUCAAGCUACAACUAUGGGACACAGCUGGGACCGAAAGAUUCCGCUCGGUAUCGCGAUCUUAUUAUCGUGGUGCAGCUGGUGCGAUUUUGGUCUAUGACCUCGCAUCUCAUGCUUCGUUCAAUGCUCUUCCAACUUUUCUCUACGAUGCUCGAGCUCUGGCUUCUCCAAAUCUUACGCUUCUCCUAGCUGGCAACAAAUUGGAUUUGGCAUCCGAGUCUUUACCCAAUGCUUCCGCGUCGGCCAACAGCGCGUCCAGUAGGCAAUCUACAUUUUCAGAUGAGUCUAUUGGGGCAGGAGCCAGACUUAGUUCUAGUCAUUCCUCCAUAGGCUACGGACUUGGCUCUCAGCUGACUGCCACCGUCGGUACUGAAGGACGCGAAGUCACCGUUGAAGAGGCCUCUCGAUGGGCAUCACGCUCUGCGAUACCUGUCUCUGUCGAAGUAAGCGCAUUCACUGGUGAUGGGGUAGAAGAGAUCUUUGCGCGUCUUGCAGGCAUGAUCUUGACAAAGAUCGAGCUAGGCGAAAUUGAUCCGGAUGAUCCAAUGAGUGGAAUACAGUAUGGGGAUAGUGGAGGAUGGGAGGACGAGGGAAGUGUUAAUAGCGCGGGGACGAUAAUCGAGGAGGGAGGUCUGGGGAGGAGAAGGCGGAAAGGGCAGAAGAGAGCGACAGCAGGUAUCGGAGCAUGGGGCGGUGGCAUGAGAGAAUGGGAGGCUGUCUUCAGACUAGAUGGAGCAGGAAGGCGAAGAAGAGGAGGCUGCUGCUGA